AUGCAUCUUUUCAACAAUCAUGUUAUCCCUUCUCUGCUCUUUUCUCUAUUAGGAAUUGUAUUAUUUACCUCGGCAGUUCCCGUUUACAACGAUAAUUACUGCCCAAACACCGCAACUUAUCAAUCCAGCAUUACAUUCCAAAGCAAUCUCAAGAUUCUCCUCUCAGAUCUCACUUCCAACGCCUCCCAAGGCCGCGACGGCUACUACCUGACAAACAUAGGCUUGGCGACCAUAAACGUCGCCAGUGGCAUCUUCCUCUGCCGCGGCGACGUCUCCUCUGCCAUCUGUCAGGAGUGUGUCGCCGCUGCAGCCACAGAGAUAGAACGCCGCUGCCACAACCAGACACAGUCCAUAAUAUGGUACGAUGAGUGCACGUUGGGUUACACAAACAGGUACUUCAACCCUGUCAGCAUCGUCCCAAGAGUGAACUUGUGGGAUGACAAGAACAUCUCCACCUCGGAUUUGAAAAGCUUCAACCAAACGUUGUUCAGCUUGUUGAACAGUUUGGCUGAAGAAGCUGCGAGUUCCCAGCUUGCGAAGAAAUUCGCCACCGGAGAAACAGAGUUCAAGGGGUCAUCGAGGCAGAACAGAGUGUAUGGGCUGGCACAGUGCGCUCCCAGCGUGACGAAUGAUCAGUGUGAGGAGUGUUUGCAAAAUGCAAUCGGAACUCUUACUAUGUGUUGUGGGGGAAAACAGGGUGCGAGAGCUCUGCUAGCAUGGUGUAAUAUUAGAUACGAUCUGUACAAGUUUUAUUAUACAACUGAAACAUCAGCAGCACCGCCACUGGUUCCUUCUCAUCCUCCUCCUUCAGGUACUUUUUUUAACCAAUAUUUGGGUCAUCAUCGAUAUAUGCUACAAUAA